GUCGGUGGGAAAACACGCCGCCAUUUUGUUUUUCCCGAAAUCCUAACCUCACGCGAAACGUUUCGGCUGUUACCGCUCAAAUCCAUUUACUUACUUCAGUGAACAUUAACGCCGGUAGAAUUAUUGACGGAAAACAUAAAUGUGGCGGCUUCAGUGCUAGUGCCCGGUGAACAGUGAAAGGCUGAAGUUUAUAGGAGAAUCGGCGCCAAAAAGUUUCCUUUUACUUAUUUGUUUGUGCAGAAAAUGUGGCAGUUAUGAUAUUUGGAUGUAAUCACUCUUUAUUGGUAGAAUGCUAAAGGAUCAUGCGCGGAAGACGAUCAGACGGCGCGUGGCUCGAUGAGCGUGGCCGGGCCGCCGCCGCCGCCGCCAUCCGCCGCCGAGGCGCUGUCGGGCCUGCUGUGGCAGCCCUACGACUGCCGCUCCCCCCCUCCCCCGCGCCAUGCGCCGCCCCCGCGCCAGUCGCCCCGCGGCGCCCGACGUGCGCGCGCGUCUCUCACAGCCACCAUGCGCCUCCCCGUGCCGGCGCCCAAAGCCGACUCGGUGUGCGUCCGAGUGCCCGGCGAGCCCGCGCCCAACGUCUCCAGUGUCCACAUAGUGCAAGUACAGGAUGCGAGUGAUAGUGCCGUGCAGACGCAACAGCGCAGUGUGGUCAGUGCCGAGUGUCAGACGGAGGAGCGGCCGUGGCGGCGGCGCGCGCGCCGGGCGCGGCGGCAGCCCCCGCUGGACGUGCCGCCGCCGCCCUACAGCACGCUGCCGCUGCCGCCCCCGCCCCCGCAGCCGCCGCUGCCCCCGCUGCACCCCGCCGCGCCCGUUAUCGCGCCGCUGCCCGCAGCGCAUCGGUUCCCCUUUCAGCCGAUCCCACUCAGAUCGGGCCGCGGCGCCGCCUACGCCUGCUCCGAGGGCGACGGCAACGCGCCUAAGUCCUGCUGUGGGCGCCCCCCGCUGCGCCUAUGCGUGCUGUUCCUAGGCGUCGUGGGCGCCUGCCUGGUGGCCGCCGGGGCGGUGCUGGGCGCGCUGAGGCCGCACCCGCGGGCGCCGCUCACGCUGCUGUUGCUUAUGAUAGGCAUUGGCAUACUCCUCGUCACAGCAGCCGGGCUGGCAUGGCGGCUCGGGGCGCGGGACGCCCCCUGCGCUCUGCUGGGGCUCCGGCGCGCCUCGUGCCGCCGCUUCGUGCCUCGCCUGCCGCCGAGCUACGCGCGACCUCACCACCCGUACGCGGCGAUGUUGUACCCCGAGUUCCACUACCGCCCGCCCCCGCCCACGUACCAGGCGUCCAUGCAGGAGUAUAGGCUCAGGCUGCUUCUCCUAGACAGAAGCGCCCCGGCGAACGCCGUGUCGCCGCCGCCUACCUACAGGUCCAACUCAGCCACUCUAGUCAGAGGAACAACGGGAGCAGCGUGGUGCGGCUCGGAGUACAGCGGACCGCCGUCCUACCGGGCACCGCGGAACGAGACCACGAUCACGGUGACCGACUCCCUCCCCCCCCUCACCCCCCUCGACCUCAAGUACGCCGAGGAUUCCCUCGAGGCCCUCCCCAAGCAGGAGGAGAAAGACCCCGACGAGCAUCUCGUGACCAUCGUCCACACAGACGCGCAGCCAGUGAUAGUCACCGUGUCGGGCAGCCUCAGCGAAAACGAGACGCACCCGCAACAGACAGAGAUAGAUAUACUCGCGCACUUAUAACCCGCGUUGUGGAUGGGAACUGAAUCGGGGCCGUUUUCAAAUUAAGAACGGCCGUGUCAAGGUUAAGAUUGCAGGGUUGUGAUGUGUAACGAUGCGGCGUGAUAUUCUGGUAGUUUUUUAACUAGAACUGGCAGAGAAAUUUAGCUUUUCUCAAGUAAAGUUGGUUAGUAUCCUUGCGAAUGAAUAUGUACCUUAUACGUUUAUAGAUAAGUAAGUUUGUGUAAAUACAAAAGCACUGAGGUUAUGCUUAUUAGAAUUACAAAAGUUGUGCCGUGUAUAUAAAACGAAUGAUACAAAUUAUACUAGUGUAAUAAAUGUUUAACUAAUCAGACUCGAUUAUUAAACUUUUUAGACCAAAUCCUUUACCGUAAUGUACAACUUAUAUACUUACAUAAUUAUUUCCAAUUUUAGUGCCAAUGGUUGUUUUUUUUAUUUACUUUACCUAAGAUUUUUUGUGUUAACUAAAUCUUUAAAGUAUAGUAAUAUUUAUUAGAUACGCAUGUACCUACAUACAUAAGUAUAAUCUGAUUAUGCAUGUGGCUUAGGUAUUUGAAUCGAUUUUUGGUAGCUUGCUGUUAUCAAACCAGCUUUGAUUUCAUAUUCAUACAGCCAAAUCCAUCAGUCACCAUAUAAGAAGAUCUAAAUACUUACAUGAAUAUCUUAUUUUAUUUCUAUAUUAAUAUAGGUACAUUCAUGAUAUAGGUAUCUUGAAACGAAUAUAAAUUUAUCAGAUUGCACCAAUUUAUCUUACCUCUCAUUAAUCAGUAAACUACCCAGUAAGUAGGUACUUUUUAUUAUUUUAAUCCCUAAAAGUGCUAUUUUAAUAGAGACGAGACAUUUAUUUAAACGAUCAAUGAUUAUUUAUUUAAAUUACUUACAAGCAUAAGUUGUAUUCUUAAAAUAUCAGUGCUUAAAAAACAGUUUUGGGCACAGUUAUUUUGAUUGUUCCUUAGAUCUCUAUGUUUCAUGCUAUCAUUACAAUCUAAACUUAAAACUAUUAUAAAAAAAUCAAACCUCCUGUAAAUGAAACUUAGCAAUUUUACCGAAACCUUUUUGUUUUUUUGGAAAGCAAAUAAAUUGCAGGAUGUUGCUAUGAAGGUUAUUUAACUGAAGGGACAUCAAAUACUAAAUCCUUACUUUUAACCGGGGACCAUUUCCCACUCUCAACGUAAUUAUUAUAUUUUAUUUUAUAACACAUAGCAGCUGUGUAAAGCAUACUCGUUUUUACGGGCUUACAAAAGUUUCUUAAAAGUUUAGUCAGACACAAAACGUCAUUUCAUCAACUUUUGUUGGCCUUACUUGAUUUCUCUUUAUAACAUCCUGUAUGUAUAAGCCUUAUGAAGUUAUAAUGUACCAUAUAUUGUUAUAAAGCUAAGAUUACCUAUUUAAGAAAUUGUAACAAUAUAGGUAAGAUAAUGUAUAUAACGUUACUUUUAAUUUUAAGGAGUAAAUAAAGAACUUUAGUGAAAUCUUUGAA